AUGGCCACGAUGGUGCUUCCGCGAGAGGAGAAGCUGAGCCAGGAUGAGAUCGUGCUGGGCACCAAGGCCGUCAUCCAGGGGCUGGAGACCCUGCGCGGGGAGCAUCGCGCCCUGCUCGCCCCCUUGGUCGCUCCUGAAGCCGGCGAGGCUGAGCCCGGCUCGCAGGAACGCUGUGUCCUCCUGCGCCGCUCCCUGGAAGCCAUCGAGCUGGGACUGGGGGAGGCCCAGGUGAUCCUGGCGCUGUCCAGCCACCUGGGGGCCGUGGAGUCGGAGAAGCAGAAGCUGCGGGCCCAGGUGCGGCGCCUGGUGCAGGAGAACCAGUGGCUGCGAGAGGAGCUGGCGGGGACGCAGCAGAAGCUGCAGCGCAGCGAGCAGGCGGUGGCCCAGCUGGAGGAGGAGAAGCAGCACCUGCUGUUCAUGAGCCAGAUCCGGAAGCUGGAUGAGGACGCCUCCCCCAGCGAGGAGAAGGGGGAGGUCCCCAAAGACUCUCUGGACGACCUGUUCCCCAACGAGGAGGAGCAGAGCUCAGCCCCCAGCCCCGGAGGAGGGGAUGCGGCUGCCCAGCAUGGAGGCUACGAGAUCCCGGCCCGGCUCCGCACGCUGCACAACCUGGUGAUCCAGUACGCCUCCCAGGGCCGCUAUGAGGUGGCCGUGCCCCUCUGCAAGCAGGCGCUCGAAGACCUGGAGAAGACGUCCGGCCAUGACCACCCGGACGUGGCCACCAUGCUCAACAUCCUGGCGCUGGUCUACCGGGACCAGAACAAGUACAAAGAGGCUGCUCACCUGCUCAAUGACGCCCUGGCCAUUCGCGAGAAGACACUGGGCAAGGACCACCCAGCUGUGGCUGCAACAUUAAACAACCUGGCAGUUCUGUACGGCAAGCGGGGCAAGUACAAGGAGGCCGAGCCUCUGUGCAAGCGGGCCCUGGAGAUCCGGGAGAAGGUCCUGGGCAAAUUUCAUCCCGAUGUGGCCAAGCAGCUGAGCAACCUGGCACUGCUCUGCCAGAACCAGGGCAAAGCCGAGGAGGUGGAAUACUACUACCGGCGGGCACUGGAAAUCUACGCCACACGCCUCGGGCCUGAUGAUCCCAACGUGGCCAAGACCAAGAACAACCUGGCCUCCUGCUACCUGAAGCAGGGCAAAUACCAGGAUGCAGAGACCCUGUACAAGGAGAUCCUCACCCGUGCUCACGAGAAGGAGUUUGGCUCUGUCAAUGGGGACAACAAGCCCAUCUGGAUGCACGCAGAGGAACGGGAGGAGACCAAGAACAAGCGCCCGGACAGCACUGCCUAUGGGGAAUACGGCAGCUGGUACAAGGCCUGCAGAGUGGACAGCCCCACCGUCAACACCACCCUGCGCAGCUUGGGGGCCCUGUACCGGCGCCAGGGCAAGCUGGAAGCCGCGCACACACUGGAGGACUGUGCCAGCCGCAGCCGCAAGCAGGGCCUGGACCCUGCGAGCCAGACCAAGGUGGUGGAACUGCUGAAAGAUGGCAGCGGUGGGCGGGGAGACCGCCGUGGCAGCCGAGAUGUGGCCGGGGGUGCUGGGGCUCGGCCUGAGUCUGACAUGGAGGAGGCAGGGCCCGCAGCCGAGUGGAGCGGGGAUGGCAGCGGCUCCUUGCGGCGCAGCGGCUCCUUGGGGAAGCUCCGAGACGCUCUGAGGCGCAGCAGUGAGAUGCUGGUCAAGAAGCUGCAGGGUGGGGGCCCCCAGGAGCCCCCAAACCCCAGGAUGAAGCGGGCCAGUUCUCUCAACUUCCUCAACAAGAGUGUGGAAGAGCCAGCCCAGCCUGGAGGCACAGGCCUCUCUGACAGCCGUGCCCUCAGCUCCAGCUCCAUGGACCUCUCCCGACGAAGCUCCCUGGUGGGCUAA